GACAGGUUAAUAUUUAUAAAAGUAGGCGAUAAAUUAUAUACCGAAUUUUUCAGAAUCCAGUUAUACAACAAAAUUUUUAAGAGUAUUUAAAAACAAGAGAGACUGCCGGUGAAAAAUGAGUAACAACAUGCGGUGGAAUAAAUUUAAACUUUUAAGCCUUUUCAUUGCUCUUUUAACCAUGUCGGAGGCAAAGUCUGUUACCGGUGCUUCGUUUUGCACAAAAGAUGAUCGUUGUGUGGAGCCAUUUAAGAAUCUGGCGCGCUAUGACCAUUAUCGCAUCUAUAAUGUUGAGCUAGACACCGAGGAACAUGUGCACGUGUUCAAACAGUUGGAAGAACAAUGCGAUAGUAUGGAUUUUAUAGGUCAUGCCCGAGAGGUGGGGCAGAAAUUAUCCAUACUGGUGGCAGCGCACAAAGUGGCUGAUUUGGCCGAUCUGUUGGAGCAUUAUAAAGUGAAGCAUCGCAUUUUGACCUACAACUUCCAAGAGAAAAUUGAUAAGAACUAUGCUGCCGUCUUGCCUGUUGGCACAGAUCUAAGUAAAUUUGAUUGGUAUCAUUACUAUCAUUUAGAGACCAUAUACGAGUGGCUGGAUUCGCUUGUCAAGAAAUAUCCCAAUGUAGUGACAAUGCUGGACAUGGGCACCAGCACUAAGGGAGUGCCCAUAAAAGGCAUUAAAAUCUCCCAUAACACCGCCAACAAAGCCGUGUUCAUUGAGGCGGGCAUACAUGCGCGAGAAUGGAUAGCCCCUGCAGCGGCUAAUUAUAUUAUUAACCAACUGCUAACCUCCACCGAGGAAAAUGUGGUAAAUCUGGCCAAAAAUUUCAAUUGGAUUAUCUUCCCCAGCAUCAAUCCCGAUGGCUAUAAAUACACUUUUGAGCAUAAUCGCAUGUGGCGCAAAAAUCGUCAACUCUUUGGCAUUAACUAUGGUGUUGAUUUGAAUCGCAACUAUCCGGAUCACUGGAAUUCGACUGGCAGCAGCAGUGAUGCACGUCGUUUUGAUUUUGCCGGUCCCUCGGCGGCCUCAGAAGUUGAAACACAACGUGUCGUUAAAUUCAUUGAAGAUAAUGUGGCCAAGGAACAGAUUAAGGCCUAUUUGGCAUUGCAUUCCUAUUCGCAAAUGAUUAUGUUCCCCUUUGGUUAUACCAAAGAUCGUGUGGCCAACUAUGGGGAUUUGAAAGAAUUGGGUCAGAAGGCAACGGAGGCGAUUAAAUCAUUGACGGGCAAGGAAUAUGUUAGCGGUAGCAUUAUUGAGACUAUCUAUCCCAGCAGUGGUGGUAGUAUGGAUUGGGCUUAUGAAGAGCAUAAAAUACCGAUUGCCUAUACAUUUGAGUUGCGGGGACCGCCAGAUAGUCAAGAUAUGUUUAUAUUGCCGGCAGAGGAAAUUUUGCCAACAUCCCAAGAAGCAUUUGCUGCCAUUAAAACAAUUGUUGAGGGGGCUGCUGCCAAGGGUUAUUUUAAAUGAGCUAUACAGGCAGAAAAUAAGCAUCAUUAAAAGGAAAUUGACCAUAAACACAAACGUUAUUUAAAGAUUUUGUAUGCUAGCACUGCUAGCAAUGAGCUUCAUAUACUCCUAUAUUUGCAAUACUAUAUUACCAAAUCCCAUUUUUGUAUUUUUUCAUCUCCCGUUCUGCAUCUUGAAUCUGUAUAAAAUACAUUUGUUGUGAUAACGCAGA